UCAUCGCUUUUUCCACGUUGAGUAAACACGCGUGGUGCUGCAUGUGCGCUGGGUUUCGGAACCGGUUUGGUGAAUAAAACGAAACGAACCAUGUCGUCCAAUCAGGAGAGUCAGAACCGGUCACCCAUCAGAACCGUGAUCCCGCUGGGAAAACCCAAAUCCGGUCGUGUGUGGAAAGAUCGCAACAAGCAGAGGUUCUCUGCCCUGUUGCGUGAUAAACCUCUGCGCAGCUCCUGGCAGAAGAAGAUGGAGGCCAAGAGGGAGAAGGAGAUGGUUAAAAAUUACCACCAAAAGCUCAAAGACAGCAAAGCCAGAGAGAAGGAGGAGAAGAGGAAGAGACGGGAAGAAAAUCUGAAGAGACGAGCCGAAAAUGAGAAGAAAGCAGAGAUUGUUCAAGUGAUUCGCAACACGACCAAACUGAAGCGCAUGAAGAAGAAGCAGCUGAGGAAGAUCGAGAAGAGAGACACGCUGUCAGUGCUGCAGAAAACUCAACCCAGAGUCCAGAAAUCAACCGCAGGAGAAUAACGUAAACAAAUGGACCUGAAGAAGUUAAAGCUUGUGAUUAAUUUCACUUUAAUGAUGUACAGAGACUGAACACGCACACACGUGCAUACACACACACACACACACACACACACACACACACGCAUAAACACAUGUGCACACACACACAUACACACAUAAACGUGCACAUACACACACACAUGCAUACACAGUUGACACAGACACACUUGUACUUGUAUUUUAAAUAACUGUGUGUGUGUGUGUGUUCAUGUGUGUGUAUGCAUGUGUGUGAGAGAGAGACAGUAGGUUUUUGGCAAACAUUAGUGGGACUUUUGUGUGAAAUGUUCAAUAUGUAAACAUGUGAUAUAAACUCGGUGCUUUCCUCUCAGACUGUUUUGCUUUCACUUUCUCUGUUCAAGCCACACGCACGAAGCAGCUUCAGUUUUUUCUCUCAGAGAUCACGUGUUUUAUCGGUAAUUAAACAGCACCAGUGAUGAAGUGGAUUCUCUUUUAUCGCCCUGAUCUUCGGUCAAAUCCGGUGCUUUCCUCUCAGACUGUUUUGCUUUCACUUUCUCUGUUCAAGCCACACGCACGAAGCAGCUUCAGUUUUUUCUCAGAGAUCACGUGUUUUAUCGGUAAUUAAACAGCACCAGUGAUGAAGUGGAUUCUCUUUUAUCGCCCUGAACUUCGGUCAAAUGUUUUAUUUAUUAAAAACUCUCAUGUUUUACUUUAAA